AUGAAGGCCGGAGCAGCUGCCCUGGCAGCCGGGAUCCUCGGAGGCACCGGGGUGUUGCUCUUCCUCAUCGCCUUUGGGACGGAUUAUUGGCUUCUGGCCACGGACACCUGCGGGGUCUUCGAGCACGGGAACAGCACUCUGAGCACCGGGGGGGCUGAAACUCCAACAGAGGCUGAAAAGGACAUCCUCAUUUCCAGCCAAGCACACCCCAAGUUCUGCAUGCAUGGCUACCUCUUCCCCAUGCCCAUUGCUGUGGCACCUUUCCCCCAUCCCUCCUAUGACACAACUGCAGUGUACAGAGGUUUUUGGACAGCGUUCAUCCUGCUGGCCGUGGCCGCUGGGCUCGUGGGGGGGCUCCUGCUGGUGUGUGGGGUCCCCUUCUCCAGCCCCCGCUCCUACAAAGUUGGGGGAGGAUUCCUGCUGCUCUCAGGAGGUUUGUUUCUCCUGCUCGUGUUUCUCUUUGUGAUGUGGAAGGAGUUUGCAGCUGACUUCCAGAAGUACGUCCUCCUGGAGAGGAGCGAGGAGUGCCUGGAUGAUGUCCCCGUGCACGUCUACUACGGGUGGUCCUUCAUGUUCGCCGCCGCCGGGGUGCCCCUGGUGCUGCUCUCUGGACUCCUCUUCUUCCUGGUGGGCAGAGACAUUAUGGAUUCCCUGCAGUAAGACAGCUGUGGAGGCUUUGAGGAAAUUGGUGAUGCUCCUUGUAAAGAAACACACCCGAGUUUUGAGGACUUGAUUGAUUUUGUAGCUCUAGUUGUCAGGAUAGGUUACACUCAUUCUCAUGGGGAGGCAGGGAUGGAGCACUGGGCAUCCUACAAUCCCAGGAUGGUUUGGGUUGGAAGGGACCUUAAAACCCAUCCAGUGCCACCCCGUGCCAUGGGCAGGGACAUCUUCCCCUAUCCCAGGUUCCUCCAAGCCCUGGCCAACCUGGCCUUGGACACUGCCAGGGAUCCAGGGGCAGCCACAGCUUCUCUGGGCACCCUGUGCCAGGGUCUCCUCACCCUCACAGCCAGGAUUUCCUCCCCAGUAUCCCAUCUAACCCUGCCCUCUGGCUGUGGGAAGACAUUCCCCAUGUCCCAUCCCCCCAUCCCUUCUCCCCAGUCCCUUUCCAGCUCCCCUGGAGCCCCUUCAGGCACUGGAAGGGGCUCUGAGGUGUCCAAUCACUGCCCAUCCCAAACCAGCCUCAGCUGAACAUCCAGCUCCAGCCUUUUUUCACUUUGGGGAUAUUUCAGCACCAUCAGUUGAUGGAUGCUGCACCAGUUUUUUCCGCAGUCCAAGGAAAGGCAGCUCUCUGUCAGCAGAGCUCCACAUCCAUAUUCAGCAGAGCUGGAGUUUUACAGCAUUCCCAGCAUCCUGGUUUCUUGUAAAAGGAAAUCGAAUCUGGCUGCGACAGUGCAAGCAGUAAUGUCUAUUUCUUAAAAGCAAUUAAGGAUGAUUUUUUUUUUCUUAGCUGGCUCUAAUUGACAUCAAAGGACAACCCUUUUAAUGGCAUGUCGGGAAACAUGAGAAACUUUUUUCUUCUUUAAAAGCCCUGAUUCUGAAGAUGCAAAUAUACCUGGACCUAGCCUAACUUUCAAUAAGGGAAUAAACCAA